AUGUUUAAGGGAGCGCUCCCAUGGUAUGCAGCUCCGUGGUUGACGCAGAUGCUGCCUCGUUCUGGCUGUGGCAGGCGCCUUUCCAAGUGCUGGGUGUUGGCUACUGCGCCGAGGCGAGCAGAUUGCAAAUGGGGCUGUGACAAUGGGAUCGCAAGCCGGAAAAAUGAGGCUUUAGCCCCCAUUGGGUUGCGAUGGAGAUCUCAAAGCAGCCUUGAAGUUAUGACUAACGAUGACCUGUGCCAGCCUCAACGCAUGCUUGCUUUGCCAGCUGCAUCUCCUUGUGGUCGUGGCUCGUUAAAAACGGGUAGCCAACUGAAUAGGGUGCGCAACACAUUCAUCUUUGUGUGUAUGUGCCAUGGGGUGACCAACAUGCUUUUUAGACAGUGA